AUGCUAUCAUCUGGAGUGGAGUGUCUCCUAGAUUCUGCUGUAAUAGAGGAAUUGUACACUGGACUGCCGGAGAGCAUCUGCCCUGAACUCAUGGCUGUAUCGGAGCCUGCUGUUGGAUUAGGUGGAAAAUCUGGUGUAGCCACAGCUGUGCUAGCACCCAGGGACAGUCUGUUAGCGGAGCAGCGCAGGACUUCUGGAGCAGAAAACUUUUGCCAGAAGACAGAGGAUUUGGGUGAUGUGCUUAUGGUGAUUUCACAUGGGCCAGCAGAAUCCCUUAGUGAAGCAUUACAAAACGCUGGAGACCUUAAAGAGGACAACAAAUUUAAAGAAAGAAACUUUAGGAAACUAGACUGUUCUUGUGAUGGAUACCAGAAAGAAGAUACAGAGGCACAAGAUGCUGAGAAGUAUCAUGCUGAAUGCUCUGCUUUAAUGCCUGGGGAAAGUUGGUCAAAACAAGAGGACCCUCAAUUAAACCAGCAUGAGGUGAAGGCUUCAAGAAGCAAUUGCACAGAAAGAGCAGGAUCUCUGAAGAUCACAGAAGAAAACCAAGCAAAUGUUCAGGUGACAGCUGAAACUCUGCCAAAGCUCACUGAAGAAGUACAAGGUAUGAAGGCUGAUGGGACUAGGAUAUUUAGUAAAGCAGGAUACAGGAGUGACAGAGUAAGUAAAGGUCUUCCACCUGAGAGCAAUGAAUGCCCAGACGUAGGCGCAGUCAUGGCCAGAGCUGGGGUUUCAGAAACCAGCAUGUUAGGUUUUUUAGAGCCUUUAAAAGUCAUGGACAUUGAAUCCGCCACAGAGCAUCCACAAGAAUCAAACGAAUAUAACUGGUUGAAAGCCCAUACUGCCAUACCAUUGAGAAGAGGGGCCAAUGUUGUAUCUGUUUUGGACGCUAGAGAAGAAAAUGUACCCAGACAAAAUCCUGUUUGUGAGUUCAAUAGAUCACUUGCUACUUGCCCGACUUAUCAGCAGGAUGAGGAAAACAAUGCUCAUGACUUCUGUACUGGACCUGUACCUAAACAUCAUGAACUUCGUAAGCUGUCACCAGUAGAAAGCUGUAGAACACUCUCCACAAAAAGUUCUGAAGUUUUAUGUUCAGUUCUGAAAAGCAUCACUUAUUUGGACAUUAGAAAUACGCUGCUAGAAAGCAAUAGUACUGCAGUCCAUGGAAAUAUUAAUGAAACUCAGCAAAAGUAUCUUCCCAAAAAAAUCAGAAGUCAGACUUACUAUGAUCAUGGAACUGGGUCUGUAGAAAAUCCAACUUCCACAUCUGUACCAGUAAAGCAGAUCUCGGUGGUCAGGAACGAAGGAUUAUCUAGUGCUAAAAUGGAUCAUAGGGAAGUACGUGCUGCUGAAGUCUGGAGAAAAACUGCCGUAGGAGACAAUGCUGAAGUUUGUAGCUGGCCUGAAGCACAAGAGGCUGCUAAUUCUGACCAUUGUUGCUCUUCAGUUUUUAGUUCUGUAGCUUCAUCUCCUGAAGAGUUCUCAAAAGAAAAAUUUAAAAUAGUCCCAUCAGAAGAUGAUAAAUUGAAAAAGGACCAGUGGCAAUUGUGUGCCAGUGAUCCAUGCAAGGAUGAUAUAAAGGAACAUAGUCUAUUGAUGGAAACAAACACCAUUGCUUCCUAUGAAACUGGACGGACAGACGUGUGCUUUUAUAAUGGCUCCAGUAAAAUUUCUCCUGCCAGUAGUUACAGCUGUCUGGGUCUCAGUGCCAAGCUGGAAGAAGAUUCACCUAAGGCAAAACUGCUUGAAAAGGAAUUUGAGAGUAACAGGACAUCAGUAGUGUUGACUGGUAGUUCUGUUGAAAUUACAGAAGCUAGUAACGACACUUUGUCCACUGGCAAAGAAAGUAAUUUGUUUUGUACACUAAAUGUAACUCUACCUCCUGUUGCACAAAAAUCAAGAGAACCUCAUCGUAAUGAGUGUCCUUGUACUGCUAAUGAAGUUUCAAGCAGGGACAAGGCUCAAGAUAGUCCACCUGGAAAAGAAUCAGGUGUUGCUUCUGGAACAACAGGGGAGCAAGUCACUGAAAUUGUGCUUCAUAAAGACAAGUUCAAGUUUUCAGUAAGUUCCAGGACUUUUGGUAACCCUAAUACAGCAAGCAGAGAUCCGCAAAAGGACAUGAGGUCUUCGGUGGGAAAUAUAGAGAGUGUGGUCACUGGUUUUGAAAAUGAACACAGCAACACAUGGAAUUGUAAUCAUCAGAAUACAAAAGACCAAUAUACUGCUGCCAGUACUUCCUGUAUUUUAUCAGGGAGUACAUGUGUAAAUUAUGUUCUCCCAAACAGUCAUUCUCUUGAUGUGGAGAGUGAUAAGAUUGAAGAAAAUAAUGAUUUGGAAGGAGAAGCUUCAGCUGGAUCCAAUAGUAAAAAGGCAAUCGCCUUUCCAGAAGCAUGUGGAUCUCCUCCUUGUGAAAAUGACUGGUAUUGUGAAAAUGACAGAGGUAUGGAUCUGCACGCGAUAAAUGACAUUUCCACAGCAAACAGCAUGUUUUGCUCAGCUUCUACUGCAGAGAAAUCUGUUGCUGCCUUGGUAAGAGAUAAGGUUUCAAAUAAGAAUGUGGAGGUUGUGAAACAAUUUAAUCUUUGUAAAGUAACAGAUGAUGGAGAAAUGGUUUGUGACAGAGAAGAGGCAAAAGGACAAAUUGGUAUGUGUGCUCUCCAGACAGAUGAAUUUGAUAAAAUAAGUACUGUGGAUUCUUCAAAGGCUCCUGAAGGCAAUUGGAGAAAUAAGACUAGUGAACAGCUAGUAGUUAGGUACUGGAAGAAAAAACCCUGUGUUCAUAAUUAUGGAUUUUGCAACUCUCCAUUAGGCCCAAAGAAGAGAGAAUUAGGCACAUAUGAGAAGAAAGAAGUGUCAUCACUCACAGGUAACCCCUCUGAGUGUAGCGCUUCAAUCUGCGAUACGUGUCUCUUAGUCAGCAAUGUGGAUGCUCAAACACGUCAUGCUAGCUCAACAGAAAAGACGCUUCAUCCAGUGGGAAAUCAGUGUUUUGCGUGUCAAAGUGAGUUCAAUGGACCAGUUCUAGGCAGCAAUCGACAUGUAGAAAGCUUAAACAACCGGCCAAACCCUGGCUCACAAACUAGGGCUGCGUCUGUGGAUGAAACUGAAAUUUCAGUUGGCUCUGGCAAAAGUAAAGAGAUAGUGUUAAAAGCAAGUGACAACCUGCCUCUAUUAUUUCAUACAUAUGCAAGGACGUGUGAAAGUUUUCAAGGAACUCUAAAAAAGAAUGUAGUGGAUUUGGACUCUUUCCAUGGUGUGAGAAAUGAAGACUGUUCAGGACACAAGGGCUUCCUCAGUGAUGUAGUUGAAGAGAAGACAAUCAGACUAAAAGAACACAAGAACAGAUGCGAAAGAGGAGCUCUUGAAGAAAACUUGUCUGAUAGCAAAUCACAUUGCUCACACAUGCUGACUGUGAAAGCCAUGGAUGUGACCUCACCAAAAAGUACUCGCUCUGGGGAGAAAUUUAAGGGUACGUGUAUUGAAGAGACGAUGGGAAGAGAAGUAGGCCCCAGAAAUAAGUUUCCCGUAGAUUCGUUUCUUGAUGAAGAAGAUUGUCUACGGGCCUUGUUGAAAGAUUCAAAAGAGGCUGAUUGCAAUAUAGUCCCUCUCAGUACUGAGAAUUAUGGAAAGACUUUGGAAGAAAUCCCAAGAUCUAACCUAAAUAAUCUUUCAAAAGAAAGAAAAAAUGAUACAAAGGUCACAAACUCCACAGGUACCAGUCUGCUUUCAGACACUGUACAUGAUGGUCAAGCUGAAGAUCUGACUGACACAGAAACUUCUCCAGAAUUGCAGUAUAAAACAACACCCACAUUAUAUCCACGUAUAAGUAUAGUAUCAAACAGUUGCAAAGAAUCAUCUCCAAACUGUGAGGUUUGCAGUGAAGUACGUGCACCUUACAAAUUAAAUGCACAGGGCAAAGAUGACAUAAAGGAGAUUACAGAAGGCCGGGACGCUAUACCAACUCAUUCCGUUUGCAAGGAAAAGGAGACUUUAGGUUCAGAGACACUUGAUCAAAUAGAGAAAUGUCACGCAUUUAAACAAAAUAAAAAGUAUGACAAGACGGAAGUACAUCUGUCAGGGAAGGCACAAGAAGAACAGAAGUCAGAGUAUCAAGAGGAAGCAAAAAUCAUGCUGCAACCAAGUGUGUUGCACAGUUCUGAACUUUCAUGCAGCACCUCAAAUGAUUUGGUGCCAUCAAGAAAUAUGAAGUUUGAAGGUCCUUCAGAGGAGAUCUCUACUGUCAGAACCAGUGAAAAUAAGCUACGUAGCACUUUACAAGAAGUCAAAAGGCCAAAGAUUACCACAGAUAUUCUUAGUUCACAGUUUUUGAAGACUCAGGAUUCAGAAAUGGAAAACCCGAAACUUAAUUUACAGCAUGAUGGAAUUCCUGGUGCCUUUGGGACUACAAAUAAACUAAAAGAACCUCUUCCAUUAAAAAGACAGCCUGGAAGGACAUGCAAAAAAAUUUUCACAUCGUAUCGGCUAACAACCGUAAGAAAAAGCAAAAAAAAUAAAAGUUCACCUUUUUCUGAGAUUCCCCCAGAAAUACUCCCUAACCAGGAAAACCCACUUCUCAAAUCUUUGUACUGUCCACGUAAGCCCCUGACAAUGGAAACGCAGACAGCCGUGAGGUUCGUCCAUAUGCCAAGGCAGAGGGCCAAGAGGUGCAGUUUGUUGAGCAGCUUGAAAUUUAGAAAAUGUACCAAAGAGCCAGCAUUGUUGAGCAAGCUGUCUGCAAUGGCGAGCAACCUCCUGGCGCCUGCCAAAAGCGUCCAUAACGUAGAACCUCUGCCAUAUUCUUCUGAAAUUCUUCCAGUGGGUGAGAGGUACAGCCAACGUAGAUCUAAAAAUCUAUUGGAAGCCUUUUCUUGCAUUAACAGGAGCUUACACUCACGCUGGGCUGACAGUUGGUGCACCAAGAUGUUCAGCUUUCAGCCUUUGGCACUUUAUCCUGUAGAAUCUACCAAAAUGCUUUCUUCAGACUUUUGCCACAAGCCUCUGACCUCCUUCAAUACCCCAGUUUUCCCAGUUUCUUUUCACAUAAAAUUGGACUCCAGUCGUGUAACAGACCUCACAGGGAUUGCAUCCCCGCACUCCGUACGUCACAGACCUGUUCUAGGAGAAAUGGCAGCGCCGCCAUCACAGUGGACUUUCUCUUUUCUCCUGUCUCAGAGCUGUUCAGAUAGGACAGCUUUCAAAGAAGAGUCCAGUCGAAAUUACGAGCCACAUUCCUCUCUCCAUGCAACAACCCCAAGCACUGUUCAUCCUGGCCGCAGAAGAAGUGCCGUAGCUGAAAGAAGAGGAGGUUGCUCCAUGCUUGGGCUUCACACAGUGUUAGCGCUUUCUUCCCCUGGAUGUUACAGGAUUUGGACGAGAAGAAGAAACUUAACGAGUCAUAUUCCUACCAUCCAGAGACUAUUUAUAUCGCAAUUCGCACAGGGUUUGAAAGGGACAAGGCAUCCAACUUCUGUAUCUGAUGACCUCGUCUCUUCAUUGCCGUACUCACUGGGCAGGGCACUAUCCAUAUGGAGUCAGCACGGUCCUUCUGCCUGGCCCCCCGAAACCACUCCUCUCCAUUCCAAUUACUGCAGGUGGCAGCCAAGUGUGGGCAUCGAGAACAGCUAUGCCAUGUCACCACACUUACCUGUACAGAGUAUGGAAGCACUACAGACCGCAGGUCAUGAGAUAUGUCUGGAAACUUCAUUCCCUCUUCCGUUACCAAAGUCUUGCUCACUCCCAGCAUCAUCCUCAUCUCCCCCCCGGCUUCCAGCAUCUAAACUCCAGGUGCAUGCCCUUGACGAAGCUGAUGCGUCUGUUCCAGCCUGUCUUAAAUCCCAAGAUGACACAGAACUGAUAAAAACUGAGCCAGAAAAGAGGCCAAAGAAAGUGUCACAGAUCCGAAUCAGGAAAACUGUUCCUAAGCCAGACCCUAACCUUACUCCAAUGGGACUACCCAAACCAAAAAGGCUUAAGAAGAAAGAGUUUAGUUUAGAAGAAAUUUACACAAACAAGAACUAUAAGUCCCCUCCUCCAGCCAGGAGCUUGGAAACAAUCUUUGAAGAGCCCAAGGAGAAAAAUGGACGCUUGGUCUCUGUCAGCCAGCAGAAGAGAAAGCGGAUUCUAGAGUUUCAGGACUUCACUCUUCCCCGGAAGAGGAAGACACGAGGCAAAAUCAAAGCAGUGGGUAGUUUCACCCGAGCAAAAAAAGCUGCACUACAGAGUGCAGAGUUAGAUGCUCUUCUGAGUCAGAAGCUAAUGGACCUCGAAGCCUUUUUUGCAGAGGAGGCUGAGCAGGAGCAGGCCUCUAGCAUCUAAGAGAGCCAUUUAGCUGAAAAUGGUCCAGUCAGCUCCUUUAGUGUUUUAGUCCUGUUAGGAAGUACCUGCUGACUUCUUCAUAGGUUACUCUACCACUCUGUUCUACUGUCUGAUGAUCAGUUUUUGGCUGUGGCCCUCUUUAAGGUGCU